UUGGCCGGAUCUCCCCGGGACUUGCGGCCGUUGUCCCGGCCGGGAUCCUUGGCGACGCCGGCUCGCACUCAACGCUGUCACGCAGAGCAAGUCCCGCCCGAGCUCUCCCGGCCUCUGGGAAGGCGGCCGGAGGCUGUGGGCGCCCUCGAGCCCGCGGCGUCCGCGGCCCGUCGGCAGCUCUGACAGGAAAAAAAAAUGGCUCCUGGACAGGAUCGAGUGGUUGCUCUGGUGGACAUGGACUGUUUUUUUGUUCAAGUAGAGCAACGGCAAAAUCCUCAUUUGAAGAAUAAACCUUGUGCAGUGGUACAGUAUAAAACAUGGAAAGGUGGCGGAAUUAUUGCAGUGAGUUAUGAAGCUCGUGCAUUUGGAGUCACUAGAAACAUGUGGGCAAAUGAUGCUAAGAAAUUAUGUCCAGAUCUUCUACUGGCACAAGUCCGUGAGUGCCGUGGAAAAGCUAACCUCACCAAGUACCGAGAAGCCAGUGUUGAAGUGAUGCAGAUAAUGUCUCGUUUUGCUAUCAUUGAACGUGCCAGCAUCGAUGAAGCUUACGUAGAUCUGACUAGUGCCGUACAAGAGAGACUUCAGAAGUUGCAGGGUCAGCCUAUCUUGGCAGACUGGCUGCCAAGCACUUACAUUGAAGGAUUGCCUCAAGGUCUUCCAACAGCAGAAGAGGCUGUUCAGAAAGAGGAAAUGCGAAAACAAGGCUUACUUCAGUGGCUGGAUUCUCUUGAGAUUGGUACCAGCAGCUCUCCAGAUGUGCGGCUCACCGUAGGGGCAGUGAUUGUGGAGGAAAUGAGAGCAGCCAUAGAGAGGCAGACUGGUUUCCAGUGUUCAGCUGGAAUUUCCCACAACAAGGUCCUGGCGAAGCUAGCCUGUGGUCUAAACAAACCAAACCGCCAGACUCUGGUCUCACAUGGGUCAGUGCCGAAGCUCUUCAGCCAAAUGCCAAUUCACAAAAUCCGUAGUCUGGGAGGAAAGCUUGGGGCCUCUGUCAUUGAAAUCCUAGGAGUAGAAUACAUGGGUGAACUAACCCAGUUCACGGAAUCCCAGCUACAGAGUCAUUUUGGAGAGAAGAAUGGGUCUUGGUUAUAUGCCAUGUGCCGAGGGAUUGAACACGAUCCAGUUAAGCCCAGGCAGCUACCCAAAACCAUUGGCUGUAGCAAGAAUUUCCCAGGGAAAACAGCUCUGGCUACGCGGGAACAGGUGCAGUGGUGGCUCCUACAAUUAGCCCAAGAACUAGAGGAGAGAUUGACCAAAGACCGAAUUGAUAAUGACAGAGUGGCCACCCAGCUGGUUGUGAGCAUUCGUGUGCAAGGAGACAAGCGUCUCAGCAGCCUGCGCCGUUGCUGCGCCCUUACCUGCUACGAUGCUCACAAGAUGAGCCAGGACGCACUUGCUGUCCUCAGGAACUGCAGUACUGCUGGAACCCACACGGAAUGGUCCCCGCCCCUCACCAUGCUCUUCCUCUGUGCUUCCAAGUUCUCUGCCUCUGCCCCUUCAGCUUGCAAGGACAUCACCGUCUUCUUGAGCAGUGACUCGGCUUCUGUGCCAAAGGUGCCAACGGGCAGCUCAGAAACGAAGACAGAGAGCAGCAGCCAAGCAGUGCCCGCCCUUAAGAAAGCACCUGCCUCUCUGGAAUCGUUCUUCCAGAAAGCUGCAGAAAAGCAGAAGGUCAAAGAGGCUUCACUUUCACCUCUACCUACCACCGCCCCAACCACCACAGGAAGUUCACCUUCCAAGUCCUCCUUAGUUUUCAAAAGCAGCCGAGCUUUAGGAACGGAGUCCUUCUUUAAGCAGAAGAGUCAUCUUUUAAAGCAGAAACAGCUCAUCCGUUCUGCAGCUCCUGAUCGCCCACAGAAUCCCCAGUCCAACUCUGAAGAGCUGCCCCACUGCUUUCCAGCAGAGUGUUCAGGCAAAGGAGCCUCGACACCAGCGCAUUCCACGGCAGCUCCUGCGGGGGGGAAUUUGGCCCAGAACAGCCCAAACCUGCUUGUUUUCUCAGCUUCUGAGUCGCCAGAGGUGGCCCCAAAGGCACCUGCUCCCCCUAGUUUUAUAGCUGCCGAGGACCAGGUCCCCUGUGGGAAGUGUGGCUCCCCCAUACUGGCGUGGGAGAUGCCCGAACACAUGGACUACCAUUUUGCACUGGAAUUGCAGAAGUCCUUCUCGGAGUCCUGUUUCUCAAGGCCCCAGCCUGUUCCGAUCCUGUCUCCUCAAAGCAAAAGAAAUCCCAAGAGCCCCGCGGCCUCCAGGAAUAAGCGCCCCAGGCUUGAGGGCAUGCAGACACUGGAAUCAUUUUUUAAGCCAUUAGCACAGUAGUGCUGCCCUCGGGCUUGCUGUAGGGUUUUCAUAUUUUAUUUAUAACAUCAGGGAAAUGUGGCUACGUUGGUUUCUCAAGGAAAUCCUUAACUAUGAAUUUUUUAACACAAAAAAAUCACAAGUCAGAUAUGGUGGCCCACCAAGGCAGCUGAGACAAGGGGAUAAAGAAUUUGAGGCCAGGGCUGGGAAGGUGGCUUAGCGUAGAGCACUUGCCUAGCACGCAUGAAGCCCUGAGUGUAAUUCCUCAGCACCACCACAUCAGCAGAAAAGUCUGGAAAUGAUGC